UAUAGUGUAGAAGGCAGGUUUGCGGAGGCAAUGUACAAUGCUUUUUGGAACCAUCUGGAGGAACAACUAUUGAGUACUCCUCCUGACUUCACCUGUGCUCUUGAACUUCUAAAAGAUGUUAAGGAGAACCGCCUAAGAAAUGAGAUAGAAGAAGCUCUGGACACCGAUCUCCUCAAGCAAGAAGCAGAACAUGGGGCCCUGGAUGUCCCUCAUCUUUCUAACUACAUUCUCAAUUUGAUGACUCUGCUAUGUGCACCAGUUCGAGAUGAAGCGAUACAGAAACUAGAGGCCAUAACAGAUCCAGUGCAGUUACUGAGGGGCAUCUUCCGUGUUCUGGGCCUAAUGAAAAUGGACAUGGUGAACUAUACCAUCCAGAGCUUUCGACCCUACCUGCAGGAGCAUUCCAUCCAGUAUGAACAAGCUAAAUUCCAGGAACUCCUUGAUAAACAGCCCAGUCUCCUCAAUUAUACCACAAAAUGGCUAACCAAAGCAGCCACAGACAUCACUACACCAUGUCCGAGUUCUCCUGACUCACCUAGCUCCUCUCGCAGCAUGGCGUGUUCACUUCCAAACGGGGCAGGUAACAACUCAGAGCCCCCGAGUCCAACAAUGGUGCUAUACCAAGGCUACCUGAACCUCCUCCUCUGGGAUCCUGAGAACGAAGAAUUCCCUGAGACUCUGCUGAUGGACAGAACCCGGCUCCAGGAAAUGGCGUUCCAGUUGCACCAGUUAACUGUCCUGGCCUCAGUCUUGCUAGUGGCCAGAAGCUUCUCUGGUGAAAUUUUAUUCAGCUCACCUGAAUUUGUGGAUAGACUGAAAUGCAUCACCAAGGCCCUAACUGAGGAAUUUAUCUCCAGGCCUGAAGAGACUAUGCUGAGUGUGAGUGAACAGGUGUCUCAGGAAAUCCAUCAAGGCCUUGAGGACAUGGGCCUCACUACUCUGAGCAGUGAAAACACAGCAUCUCUUCUAGGCCAACUCCAGAACAUCACCAAGAAAGAAAACUGCAUUCGGAGCAUUGUUGAUCAGCGGAUCCGUUUGUUUCUCAAAUGCUGUUUGCUUCAUGGCAUGCAGAAGUCUCUGCUACACUUUCCUGGAGGCCUCAUUCUCAUUGAAAGGGAGUUGGCAGAACUGGGCUGGAAGUUUCUCAAUCUGAUGCAUCAUAAUCAGCAGGUAUUUGGCCCAUACUAUGCUGAGAUCCUAAAAAACAUCAUCCAUCCAGCUCAAGCACAAGAAACAGAUGUGGAGCAUAACUGAUAGUGCUGGACCCCAGCCAUGGCAACAGGGAUCCAGGAGAGAGAGGUCAGCAUGUUUCUGGGAGGACAUCACCUGUGGUUAGUCGAACACUCAGCCCUCUUCCUUGCUACAACCAGGACACAGGGAUGCAGGGGUCAAGCAUGUAAACACCAAAUGGCCCAAUCCCCUUCACUAAUAAACUUCUGAGCUGCAAGAAAA